CACCGCGCGUGCUGUCGUCAUCAAUCAAGAACAGGAACUCGCCUGUCACUUUAUCCAACUUUAUAUUUGUGUUGGAGUGUCUUCGUCACGCGCUUCAAAAACAGGAAUUUAUCUACCAUGACAUCGUUAAGACUUUCUCUUCUGUUUCUGGCACUGUGGACUGUUUCUUUAGCCGACAAUGGCGAACAACAGAAUCGUGACGAACCUGAGCCCACCACCAACACCACUAAUUCACCCGCAGAAAAAACUGACAUUAUCAUCAGCAAAACAGCCGAGUCUCAUGUAACAAUCCGCGCCACCGCCGGCCCUAAAGCAAAAACCCCCGACUCGGACGAUCAUGAAAUGAUUCAGAGAGCUCUGUAUGUUCUCAUCGGCAUCACGGCCAUCGGAGUCCUGUACUUCUUAAUGAGAGCUGUCCGUAUGAAGAAAAAAACUGUUCAGAGAAAGAAAUAUGGUCUACUGUCAAACUAUGAUGACACAAUGGAGAUGGGCCAUUUGGAAAGCGAUGAAGAUGACAACACUGUUUAUGAAGCACAAUCCCUGAGAAGAUGAGUCUCUGGGAGUAUUUCAUGCUUUAAGACAGAAGAAUGUGAUGAAGACAAUCCCAUUAUUUCCACUCAGUUGGUUGUUGGAUGUUGUCAUAUUCAACAGCCGUAAGAGGAUCCAGUCCGAAUACCCGGAUGCUUUUUUCCAGAAAUUUGUGGGAUCUUUAUAUACUGUACUGAUGUGACCAAAUAGAUCUUCUUGGAAAUUACAAAGAAAGUCAUGCUUUUUGUUUUGGUGUGGGUUAUUAGAGGAUCAAUUUAUUUCGGGAUGUUUUGUGCCAAAGCUACUAAUGCAUAAUGUUUUUAGGGGUCUUGGCUGUUAAAAAUUUACUUUGUAAACAUCCGCCCCUUAUUUUCAAAUACAAACCCUACACAGCCUGACAGAUGUCUAAUUUAUAAGACUGUAAUGUUGUUUGGACUUUGUGCAUUUCCUAUUGUUUUAGAUGUACAAAAAGUUAUUUUAAAAAUGUUUUUCUUUACUCUCAACUCUUUCUUUUCAUGCUACAAAAUGCACUAUACUUGAUAUUGAUUUCAGAUGUGACUUUUGAAAAAUGUGCUAAGUUGACAGAUUUAUUUUGUAUGACUUGUUUGCCAAAUACCAGCAUAUAUAGGGGAUGCACUUUGAUUUUUAGGGUUUGAGGGUUUAGUUGUUUCUCUUAAACGAGAGAAACUAGCAGAAACAUAGCAUCAGCUAGUCAUAAUAAUUUGUGACAAUCAAGGCAACACUCCUGACCAAAAUUUCAUCAUAUCCAUUUCAAUUUUUUGUUUUUAAAAACUAAACAUUCCCAUAUUCUUCAUUUAGAUUCCAAUGUAUUUAUUUUUCAGCACAUAAAAGCUACAGUUAUUAUUAAUAGGAUUAUGGCAAGUGAGGUCUCACUGUAAAACUGCUGUUUUUUCAACCAACAAGUUUUUUAGGAAAUGCAUUGUAAGUAAUUGUGCGAAGGUGGCAGGCUUUUCAAUUCAGCAAGUAUACAUGGGUCAGUCGCAGCACUGUCACUUUCAUAUCUUGAAAAUCAUGAGGCUUGUUAUUGUACAGAGAGAUGCAUUGAUGAUAAGGCUUUCCUUAUACCUAAUAAAUACUGGAGGGUUUACUGAAUUUUCUGAUGCAUGAAGUAUUGCUGUAUCAAUACGUCUUGUGUUUCUGAAUUGUGCCUUCUAUUGACAUUUGUCUCUGUUUUUGUAAUCAAAUUUGAUUGCGAUCUUUUGUAAUUUAUUAAAUUCAACUAUGCUCUCUA